AUGACGAAGUUAAUACAACAGUUAAGCUUUAGUAGUAGUAAUUACUACGACCUCGCUGGAAUCGAGCCCAACUCAGCUAAGGGAAAGACUUACUAUGGCGACAGCGCUGCUUUUCGCUCUGCCUGGGCGCCGGGCCUCUGUGGUGGUCCUGAUGUCCCUGCUCACGGCUCGGCUCCGCCCGGAGGGGUGAAUAGCGGGGCUUCGAGCCCCGCGAUACCAUCAACCCCCACCACCGACGACAACAACCGUGACUUGUUGAGCGCACUGCUAUGGGCCAGCGCCAGCUCGCUUACGAGCAGCGCGGAGAGCUUGGUCACCGAUCCCGGCUCCCCGUCGCUCACUCAUCCGGCGCUGCACCCGGACAGGCGUGAAGCGGUAAUCGGCAAAAUUCUAGAGCGUAAAGAUCGACAGCCAGUGAAAGUAGAUUUCAAAAUCUACCUUACUGAGAACACCGUAACUCGCUGGGAAGCUGUAGUGCAUCGCAAUACCAUCUAUCUGCGCAUGCCUGGAGUGCUUCAAUCUGGCAGCAAGGAGAGCUUCAUGUUGCUUCUGGACUUUGCUGAAGAGAAACUUGGCUGCAACAACUGCAUCAUCUGCGUACUGAAGUCCAGACCAGACAGAGCCACCCUGCUCCGCACUUUUAUGUUCAUGGGAUUCCAACUGCUCCCGCCCGCUUCGCCGCUCAUGCCGCCGGAAAUUAACCACCCGGAUUACAUCUUUCUGCACUAUAACAUGCAA